AUGUGUUCAUUACCGGGUAGCAGCACUUCAGAUGGAACACAGGGCAGCAUUCAUAAGUGGUACUUCACCAAAGAGGAGGCAAAUAACACUGCAAGCAUCCGCGAACAUGGCUUUACUCCUGAAAAAGAGCUGACAUAUCGACAGCAAGCGACUCGCUUCAUACAAGUAAUGGUUGAUCAGCUCAAUCAUAACGUCCAUCAACGAGGGAAGAUUUCCCAGUUGUGCAUGUGUGCUGCCAUCAUGCAUAUGCAUAGAUUCUUCUGCUUCCAUUCCUUCAAAUUUUUCGAUUACAGGGAUGUCGCAGCGGCUUGUUUGUUCCUAGCUGGAAAAAGUGAGGAAUGUCCGAGGAAGUUGGAACUUAUUGUACGAGUUUGGUGGGCAAAGAAGUUCGAACGACAUCCAAAUAUACCUUCGAACAACCAUUACAUCGAAGCGGCACAACUGAUUGUCCAGUUGGAGAACGUCAUCCUUCAAACUAUAGGUGCGUUUACGUUUCUUACUCACAAAUCAUCAUAG